AUGAAUGCUGUCGAUACCUUUGAUAUGGGCUCAACGUCCAACCUCUCUGACUCGGACGAUGAGAUCCCAAUGGAGCUCGACCUGACGGCGGCGGGCCCGCCAAUUUCAGACGAUGAAGACGAGCUCGAUUUACCUGUCGACCAGCAUGGAUGCAAGUUAUUUCUCCAAUAUGCAAAACGGGCAGCGAUGCACGUGGGGUUGGUGGCCCUGCUGGUUGGCUAUUUGCUGGGUGGUGCAACACUUUUCUACCAUGUCGAAGGUCCGAACGAGCUUAUCCAACGAGACAUUGAACUGAAACGGAUCCUUGGGACGUGGGACGAUUUUCAGGACCACAUUUGGAACAUCACUCAAGAUGUCGACAAUCGCAUUUCUAGAGAAGCCUUCAACACUAUAAACCAGGAAUACUUCCGAAAACUGGUCAACUACAUCUUUGUCAGCUACCACAACCAGUACAUCAACGCUCGCCAUAUAUUGAACGAGACCAGGGGCGAGGAGUUGCUGUGGACAUUCCCUAAUAGCGUCUUCUUCGCCACGACGGUCAUCACCACCAUUGGUUACGGUAAUCUGGUUCCGACAACUAUGGUCGGAAGAAUAUGUUGCAUUUGUUAUGCUCUGAUUGGGAUCCCAUUACUCCUCGUCACAAUCGCUGACAUUGGAAAAUUCCUUUCAGAGUUUUUGAGCUUCCUCUACAAAUCCUACCGUGCGUUUAAGCGGAAGAUACGCCGUCAGUCACGUCGAAUCUCUCAUCACUACCGACCAGGAUCACAAUCGCGUGGGAGCGAUCAGACGAGCCACGCCGGCAGUAUGAAUCUGAAUGAUAUUGAGUCGGAGCCAGAAUCCUCAAUGGAAGACGAACUCCGCAUCCCUGUGUUCAUGGUCCUGUUGGUCCUAUUAGCGUACACAGCCAUCGGCGGAAUACUGUUCCAACAUUGGGAAAAUAUGCAGUACUUUGAAGCCUUUUACUUCUGCUUCAUCACUAUGGCGACUGUCGGUUUCGGCGACAUUGUCCCCACCGAGCAGGUGUACAUGUUUUUCACGAUGGCCUACAUCAUUUUUGGGCUUUCGUUAGCAACGAUGUGCAUCGAUUUGGCCGGUACGGAGUAUAUUCGAAAAAUUCAUUACCUGGGUAGCCGAAUGGAAGAUGCGAAGGGUGCUGUUAUCAGCGGUAUUCAAGUCGGAGAACACAUCUUCAAGCAUACCGGCGUUGAAGCGAUACGAUCCGCUGGGGGGAAAGUGCUCAAAUUACGACGGGUUUUUGUGGAUCGGGACGGCGGCUCUGUGGACUACGUACUUGUGCCGCAGAAAAAUAUUAUUUAUGAGCCUCCCUCAACUGCCGUGCUCAAGCUCACAAAGGAGGCCAACAUUAAGAUAAUGCCGGACGACAUCACUGAAAAAGACGGGUAUAUUGUCCAAAAUAAGAGCUACGACAAGAAGCAGAAUCACGAUCGGAUCUUCGUGCGAGUUUCACAUAAUCAAAUUCAUAAUUACGACACCGUGCUACAGGCCGUCGGCAAGACUCCCCUCAUCUUGCUCAACAAAAUCCCGCAGGCCCAAGGAAUCAAGGCGAACAUUUACAUCAAGUGCGAGUACCUGAAUGCCGGUGGCUCGUCCCACGACCGCUUGGCGAAGCGCCUGAUUGAGCUUGCCGAGGAAAAGGGAAAGAUCAAGCCGGACACGACCCUGGUCUACAGCGCCGGGCACAAUGUAGCGGUCGCUAUGGCUGUUGUUUGUGCCGUGAAGGGAUAUCGCCUCGUCAUCGUCACGCCCGAGCGCGAAGUCCGCGACAAUAACACGUUGCUGAUCGCCCUAGGAGCCGAGGUUCUCCGCGUCAACACCGGUGUCUGCUCCAAAGGGUACGCCAAGGCGCUCAACAUACCCAAUUCCAUCCUCCUGAACGCGCUGGAGAAAGAGCUGGCUGACCAAAUUGUCGGCUACAAUCUGGGCGAUGAGAUUCUGGAGGCGAAAGACAAUGUGCGCCUGAUCGUCGUCCCUCACGGAAUGGGUGCCGCGGCAAUUUCCGAGAAGGCGCAGGGCAAAGCCGCGGUCGUCUCCGUCAACAUCACCCCGGAUCACAAGACCACAAGCGGGUUGGAACGCUACCCGUUUUUGGAAGUGCCCGGCGAGCAAGAAUCACAUGACGUUGGCUCAAAGGAAUCUUUCUUGAUGGCCCGUCGUAUGAUCCGUGAAGAGGGCGUGAUGACUGGCCCUGCUGGAGGAGCCGGCCUUGUGGUGGCCCUCGAGAAGGCCAAGCAUUUGUCGGAGCACGACAAUGUCGUCGUGGUGCUCAGUGAUGGCAUCCGAAGUUAUUUGAGCAAGUUCUGCGACGAUCAGUGGCUGAAGGACCAGGGCGUCAUUCCCGAGGUGCACAAGCCGACCGCCAAGCCGGAUGACAAAUUCGACUCGAGCAUCGUCACGAGCUACUGCCCGACCACACUAGCCGGCGCUUGGGACCAGACCGAAGACGGAAAGUUCAACAAGUGCAGCGAGCCCUUCAAGCCUUUCAGGGAAUCUCGGCCAGCCGUGCUCAACAACGCACUCGAAGCCAUCGGCAACACGCCGCUUGUCAAGCUGCAGCGCCUCCCGAAGAUGUACGGCGUCAACGCAAACAUUUAUGUGAAAUGCGAAUACUUGAACGCCGGCGGCUCUAUCAAGGACAGAAUUGCCGCAAGGAUGGUUGAGCUAGCCGAGCAGAAGGGCAUUCUGAAGCCUGGGAUGACGCUGAUCGAGCCAACCUCAGGAAAUACUGGCAUCGGGUUGGCGUUGGCGGCGGCCGUCAAGGGAUAUAAGUGCAUCAUCGUGAUGCCGGUGAAAAUGUCAAAGGAGAAGGCGGUGGCGAUGGAGUCGCUCGGUGCUAUCAUUGUUCGUACGCCAAACGAGGCCGGCUUCGAUUCGCCCUACUCGCACAUCGGCGUGGCGCUGCGUCUGCAGAAGGAGAUCCCCGGCGCCAUCAUCCUUGAUCAGUACCGUAACAUGGGCAACCCGAUGGUGCACUACGAGCAGACCGGCGAGGAGAUCAUCGCCCAGGCUCCCGCGAAACUCGACGCUGUUGUGGUGGGCGCUGGCACUGGAGGAACCGUCACCGGUAUCGGCAUGAAAAUCAAGGACAAACUGCAGGGCUGCAAGGUAGUCGGUGUCGACCCGAUCGGCUCAAUCCUCGCCGAUCCCACGCAAGACUGGACCAAGUCUUACGAGGUCGAGGGCACUGGUUACGACUUCAUCCCCGGAACCCUGAAGCGCAACUGUGUUGAUCAGUGGAUCAAGACUGCCGAUAAGGAAUCUUUCGAGGUUGCGCGAGCCCUGAUAGCCAAGGAGGGACUGCUUUGCGGGGGAAGUUCUGGCGCAAAUGUUUGGGCGGCUCUACAGGUGGCGAAGGAAUUGCCUGAGGGUUCCAACAUUGUUGCCAUCCUCCCCGACGGCGUCCGGAAUUACUUGAGCAAAUUCCUCGACGACGAGUGGCUGGAGGUGCGCGGACUGAUCCCCGACAACAAGAAGUGCUGC